GACAAAAAUGAUAAGAAACGUGAAGUCCGUAGUCCUAUCAAACCCCCUUUCUUCUCCCCAAAUUAUCAAACCCUAAACCCUAACCUUGAUGAUCUUCCACUUCAAUGGAAAUGGAACAACAAUCAACCUUCAACAACACCAAUAACAACUUAAUCGACACCGAAUUUCACGACGCACUCGAAGAAUUCUCGUUUCUCGAUGCCUCAACUUCCUUCGAAGAAUCUUAUCAAUCAGUUUCCACUUCCGAUUCUGAUAUCAUUAACGAUGAAGCUACCGAAACAGCUACUGUCAUAUCGGACCACUCGCCGUCGUCUCCUUCCGCCGCCGGCCUCCGUCACCGGCGACUCGUUUCCCCGCGGAGUCGCAACGAAGUCUCGCAGUCUAGGUUUUUUAAGAAGAAUCCAGAAGGAUUGAUAGAUUUUGAUCCUAAAGGCGUAGGUAAGAAGCACAAGCGAUCGUGCAGUUUGAAGGACAAUGAAAAACUAAAUGAAAAUUUGAGUUUAGACAGCCAUGGGAGUUCUGCAAUUACUAGUGUUAGUGAUAGUCAAGGAGUCCAUGAUGAGUCAACUACAGUUGACUCGCCAAAUUCUGGACCAGAUUUUCUGUCUACGUUAGCUGAAUUGGUAAUUGAAGUUAUUAGUUUUCAAACAAAACUGUUAGCAAAGUCUGUUAAGUUUUCAAUAUGGUUAAUACAUUCUUCAUACAUGUUAAUAUGUGAUCCCUAUGGGGUUAUAAGACUUUGGAGAAAUGAUUUGCAGGGGGGUAUUUCUGGAAUUUGGGGGAUUUGUUAUAAUAGUUGUGUUAAGCUGAUUAAUUGGUUUCAAACUCAUGAGUCUGCAUUGAAGCUGUGUGUGCAAAUCGGAUGGGGACUGUUGUGGUUGGCUUACUGCGGUUUCCUUUUAGUUUGUCUGUUAGUUCCCGCUUUUGUUUUCGGCGCCGUGGCGGUGAAGUGGAUAGUUGAGGAACCGGUACAGAUAACGGAGCAGUUGACUUUCGAUUAUACGAAAGACACUCCCAUGGCCUUUGCGCCUGUAAUUUAUUGUCCGGAUUCAUCUUUUGUAGUGAAUGACGAAAAGAGUACGAUUGGGAGUUUUGCUCAAUCGCGGGUUGUACCGUUUGGUCAUGAACUGAAGGCCAUCGUCUCUUUAGUGCUACCAGAGUCAGACUAUAACAGAAAUCUCGGGAUUUUUCAGGUGAGGGUGGACUUUCUGUCUAGUGAUGGUAAGCUCCUUGCAAGUACAAGGAAGCCAAGUAUGCUGCAAUUCAAAAGUGAGCCGAUCCGGCUUCUUUCAACUUUUGUCAAAUUAGCUUAUCUUCUCACCGGCUAUCCAUCAGAAACACAAACUUUGGAUAUGAAUUUUAGCGGGUAUACUGAAAAGGAUGUCCCUUUGUCAUGCUUACGGGUUGUCAUUGAACAACGGGCAGAGUUUGCAAAAGGGGGCGGUGUUCCUGAAAUAUACUCAGCGUCUCUGAAAUUAGAGACUCAAUUUCCUUUCUUGAAGAGGAUGUUGUGGUAUUGGAAGGGGUUGAUAUACAUGUGGAUUAGCAUAACGUUGUUUAUAACGGAGUUGUUAUUCACGCUGCUAUGUUGCACGCCUGUCAUAUUUCCAUGGGUACGGCGUGCGCGUGGUUCUUCAAUUAACACUGCAGCUCACAACAAGCCUCCUGGUUGAAGUUGCUGCAGUUGGGGAAGUCUCAGAUGAUCAUCUUUGUUCCUGGUGUGCAGUCAAACUCUUACUCUUAGCAUGUAUAGUAUAUGUGAUAAAAAGUUGAAACAAGUUAAAGUUGUCAAAAUUAAAUAUUAUUUCAAGAUACAUAUAUAAUGUAUAGAUAGGGGAUUUUUAAUUUUUUUAGUUUAUGUAAAUGGAUUUGUAUAUUACUCAAUUAGUUUCUGCACAUUGUAUCAAUGCAACAUAUUCGCAUUGUAUCCUA